AUGUUAAAGGCAAGUGUCGAUCUCCAAUCUAGCUAUCCUUCUGGCCUAUCUAACACAAAGCGAGUAGCUCUCGAAGAGGCUGGCGGGGAUCCGUCCGGCUGGCCCACUCCGAAAUGGAGCCCACAGCUAUCUUUAGAGAACAUGAAAGAGAAUGGAAUACAAAAAGCGAUUCUUUCUUUGACUGCCCCCGGAGCAACAAUUGCCGCAAUCGACCAGGAAGCACGGCACCUGGCCCGCAAGACCAAUGAAUAUGCUGCGAGCCUUCGUGACACACAUCCUGACAAGUUUGGAUUUUUCGCAACGUUGCCCUCCCUAAUGGACAUAGAGGGCACAUUGGCUGAGAUUCAGUAUGCGAUGGAUAUUUUGAACGCCGAUGGUGUCACACUGUUCACGAGAUAUGGCGAUGGCAAUAACUAUCUAGGCCAUUCAAUGUUUACGCCCAUCUGGACGGAGCUUGAUAAGCGCAACGCAGUGACUUUCAUCCAUCCUACCCAUCCGGUCGACCUUACGAGGGUUAAUCCACUCCUUCCACAGCCAUCCAUAGACUAUCCGCAGGAAACGACCAGGGCAGCCGUCGAUAUGAUCAUCACGAACGUGACUCAGCGAUUCCCAAAUUGUGUCAAAAUCCUCUCCCACGCCGGCGGAACACUUCCAUUUCUGGUUUCUCGGCUUUCUGUCACAUCGCGUGAAACCGAGCAUACUAAAAAGACAUACGGGAAGACAUAUGCUGAUAUCAUGGAAGACGUCCGAUCUUUCUAUUACGACUUUGCCUUGUCGAGCUCUCCCGCUGUGAUGAAGCUUGUGUUAGAACUCGUUCCACAUAAUCAUAUAACUUAUGGCUCGGACUUUCCAUACGCUGAUUCGGACAAAAUAGCCGGAUUUAGGGAAAACCUGGACGGCUUCCCAAUGAGCAAGAGGCUGCGCGACAUGAUAUACUUCAAGAACGCUCUGGGAUUCAUGUAA